UAAAAAAAACCACCCUAUUGGUUUUUGGCAUAGAGCUUGGUGUGGGUGUGUCAUAUUAUACUUGGUGAACAUUUGGACUUGUUGCUUAUUCCAUUCGACAGAAAGCUGUUUCAUCUGUUAUUCGGAAGCUCUCCUCAACAACUUGGACACCAUGCAACAGCAGACCACAACCACAGUCACUGAGACUACCGUCAUCAAGGACCAGCCUGGCGUAGGAGAGAGCCGUACUGUCAUAAUCCGCGGCCCUCAGCACGAGCAUGAUUGGUCAUCUGGACUAUUUGAAUGCACCAAAGAUAAGAAAUCAUGUUUGAUGUCAUUCCUGUGCACAUGGUGUUUUGAUUGCAUGCUGGCCAGGCGACUCAAUGAGAACUUCUUGAUAACCUGCGCCCCCGGUGCUGAGGUUGCCAUGCGCACCAAGCUUCGCACCUCGGAAAAUAUUAAAGGCUCCAUCUGCAAUGAUUGCUUGACCUGCUACUUCUGCCCGUGUUGCACUCUAGCCCAGAUGUCUCGCGAGUUGGACCACGUCGACCACAGGAUCUAAAGACAGUGUCCACCAGUCGUCUUCACACGAGAGCAAAUUAGCAAGCGUCCCUUGCUAAAUUAUAGCAUGGUUUUUCAAAAAAAUGUACCUCUCGUGUGACUAAUCGAAUGUUAUAUCCAAUGUAUGCCUCUUAUAAUUACAGACCUUUCUUGCCGCAAUACUCGCUUAACUUUAGCUGAACAAAAUAUACAAUUUGCUAAAAGUAGUUUAAUUAUAACUAUUUUGUUAAAUGCUUUAACGUGUAGAGUACACUAAAUGUAAGUGCUAUUAGGUUAUGUGUUUGCAAUCGCUGUCAACAAGUCUUCGUUUCGGCGUUGAAAAUGUGUUUUAAGAAGGCUUGUGACUUAGUGCUAAUUUAGCGGCACCUUAAACUUUUGCUGCGUUUAGAAGGAAGACUACCUGUAACCAUAGAGCAAGGACAAUGCUGAACUAAGUGUGGUUUUGGGGAGGUAUGUCGAGUGGUCUUUCUAGUGCUUGUUUUUCUGAUUAUAUUUUAUGCGAGAUCAAGAAUGCAUCAUACUGAAUCGAUUGCAAUUUGAACA